GGUAGCUUUCCUUAUCUACUUCCUCCUCAGUUCUCCCUUCCCUUAAUUCACUCACUCUUUUCCUGGCUUCAACGGCGGACAUGGCAGUUCCGAUCUCUUCCCUUACAAAAUCCCCACUCUGUCCCCGUCAUUUCUCCCAAUCCCCUCAUGUGCCCUUGCUCUCCUUGGCACGCAGCCUCAGACCUUUCCCCAAAGGACUGGGAAAUGCAACCUUAACGGCCAAAGCCCAGAGUUUUGGCUUCUUCCAAGGCGGCGGGUUCGGAUCGGACGAUGACCCGCCUUCUUCUUCGCCUUCACAGACUGGGGGCGGGCCGGGCUUGGCUGCCUUAGAAGAUAAAGAGGAGCCCCAGUGCCCGCCGGGACUGCGACAGUACGAGACUAUGGCGGUUUUGAGACCAGACAUGCCAGAAGACCAAAGGCUCGCCCUUACACAAAAGUACGAGGAGCUGCUGGUAGCUGGUGGUGGCAUGUAUGUGGAGGUAUUCAACAGGGGAGUUAUCCCUCUAGCCUAUAGCAUCAAGAAGAAAAAUAAAGAAGGGGAAUGUAACACUUACUUGGAUGGCAUUUACCUCCUCUUCACCUACUUCACAAAACCCGAGUCAAUGGCAGUACUUGAGGAAACACUAAAAGCAGAUGAUGAUGUUAUCCGAUCAUCCAGCUUCAAGGUUAGGAAGAGGAAGUAUUAGUUUAGCCUCCCCUGUUCCCGUAAGGAUGAUGGGUAGCAAAGUAAGAGUUCCUUUUACUUUCUCAUUUCAUAUGUUAUGUAUACUUUUUCAUCCUUAAAAAUACUCUGUAACAUACGUUGAUCCUCGAUUGCAAUAGAAGGUAAAGGCUGUU